AGGGGUCUGAGUGUUUAAGGGGUGGAUGAGGCGGAGAGGAGGAGCGAUUCCAAGAGAGCAAGGCAACGAAAGUUAUUGAGUGAUUGGGUGUCGGGUUUUGUUUAGUUGAGGGAUCUGCACGUACUCAGUCUUUCCGUUUCUUUCUCGAAAAGGAAUUACAACCACCCGGACCAGCGAGACUAUAGAGAACAAUAGCAAAACGUUGAUAUUGACAACGAAAACGCUUGACUUCAAUGGCAGAAGGUAUCACUUGGAUGUAUUUUGUCUGAGGGAUUAGGUUUAAAGCCACUGAAUUUAUAGGAGCAAGACUGAAAGAGGACAGUUAAAAAAUUGGAUUAAAAGAUCCAGGAACUUUGGCAGGCAUGUGUUAGCUUUGUGUUUGGCGUUCGUUCUCAGUUAUAUUGUACUGAUUUUCCUUAUUGGUUAUCAAAUAUAUUGAUCGUUGGAGUUUUCGUGUUUUUUUUCUGUGAACGUCAUUGCCUAACUGAGUCUAAUUCCUACGUCAGCGCGGGACAGAUGACGACUGAGAGCUCCCACGAACCACUCGGGUCGACGCCCCUAACUAGGACCAGUCCAGCGUCCAUCGCGCUGCAUCCCGGAGUGAUGAACUCGAUGGGUAGCGCAGAGGACCACGCCUUAGCGUCCAAGAGCAAAAAGACCAGCUCAGGACUGCGACGGCCGGAGAAACCGCCCUACUCUUACAUUGCUCUCAUCGUGAUGGCAAUUCAGAGCGCACCAACCAAGCGUCUUACGCUUAGUGAGAUUUACCAGUUCUUGCAAACGCGCUUCCCUUUUUUCCGAGGCUCCUAUCAGGGCUGGAAAAACUCUGUUCGCCACAACUUGUCUCUGAACGAGUGCUUCAUCAAACUACCAAAGGGACUUGGGCGGCCAGGAAAGGGACAUUAUUGGACUAUAGACCCCACCAGUGAGUUUAUGUUCGAAGAAGGGUCAUUUCGGCGAAGACCCCGAGGAUUUCGGAGAAAAUGUCAGGCCAUGAAACCAAUGUACCGAAUGAUGAACGGCCUUGGGUUCGGUUCCGCCAUCUUACCUCAGAGCUUUGACUACCAGCCUCCCACCGGCGCACUUUCGUGCCACAGCAGUGGGUAUAACCUGGACCUGUCCGGUAAUGGGUAUGAGUCAAUAAGCAGUGGCCAUCACAGUCACAUGUCCCCCAGCACCAGACAUGGCUACAUGACCGGCUGUCCAGGCCCGGGGAACGGAGAUUAUGGAGGGGAUAGCAACACUAGUCCAGUCCCGUCUUCUCCGGCAAUAGGGAGCGCGCUUGAGGGUCACUCGCCGUAUUCAGAGAGCACGCAACUCUGGGCUUCUUCGAGCUCUCCGUACCUAAAACAAGCGACUACCAACUCGAGCAAUUCGCCGUCCACCGGGCAUCAUCCCGGUAUUUUCACCUACUCUCUGGAGCAGGGGUAUAUACAACAAAAUGCGAGAGACAACACAGACAUGGCAGUGGGUAUAUCUCGCUAUCCGACACAUUCUUCCCCCGUCGCAGAUCGGAAGGACUUCGUGUUGAAUUUUAACGGGAUUUCUUCCUUCCAUCCUUCAGCUGGGGGAUAUUAUCAUCACCAUCAUCAUCAUCACCACCACCAUCAGAGCAUGCAUCAAGACGUCAAACCUUGCGUAAUGUAGGCAGUCUGUUGUGGAGCAAGUUGUACAAAGAUAAGCACUUGGGUAACUAAGGUAAAGAAAAUUAAUAAAGCUUAUUGAAGAAUUCACAUUUAGUGUAGACACUCAAAUAUUUGCAAAUGUUUUCCAGCAGAAAAAUACGACACGACGGCGCAUCGAGUAUAGAAUAGUAAACAAAUAAGUGUUCGUUCAUACAAUUCAUGGACUGACAAUUUUUGCUGUGCCUUGUAAUUAAAUGUCAACAAAGUAAUCGAAUUUAGCACAUUUCAUCAUAUUUCACGAAUUCACGUAAUCUGUACAGUCAGUGUAAUGUUAUCGGCAGCAAUAAAAUAUU